UUGCGGCAGAGCUGUGUUGUUCCGUACGAAGAAAACGAAGUAGGCCUCACCAACUUCUUCAAAACUAUGUGAAAAAAUAUUUUAGAAAUAAGUUAGAACUGAGUAAUCUGAAAAAUUCCUUAAAAGAAAAAGUCGGAAUUGCUGAUAUUGUAAAAUAAAUUACAGCCACUAAGGUAACAACAUAAAUGGUUUCUGUUCAUUUUUCAAACAGAUGUGACUAGUGUUAAAUUUGUUAGAAGUAAUAUUAUCUAAUAUUUAAUAUUUAAAAAAAACUGCUUUCAAAAGGUUAAGGGAAUACCCUUAUACUAAAUACCGCCGCAAGUUUAAGUUCGAUAACAAACCGUUAUCGAGGCAGAGCUAUCGCAAGCCCCAAUCGAUGACAAGCUGACGUGAGAUUUUUGAUUUGAUUUGUUUGGCCUCGACUUGCCGGAAUUUCCUUUCCAUUUGUAAGCCUUUGUAGACGCGUUCUGGCCAGGAUCUAAAUCGAACCGAGAACCGGGUGCGAAUCAGAAUGCCCGUGGUGGAGCUGUGCGUGGACCGCAGCCUGGUGUGUCCCAACUUCGAUGGCUACAAGCUGUCCUUCGACCCGGUGCCGGUGCUCGAGCAGCAGAUCGAGUGCGAGCCGCUGCACCUGCUGCCGCACCAGGACCAGUACUCGCUGCUGCACGUGGAGGUCUUCGGCCGGCACAACCACCUGUUCGCGGAUCCCUGGCAGCGCCACUGCAGCUACUACAUCAACGUGCGCCACCAGCUGAUGCAGUGCCUCUACGAUCCGCAGAGCGGGCACUCGCUUGGCCAGCGGGUUGUCUACACCAUCGAUUACCGCGACCAGGGCGAUGGCUACCAGCAUCUGAGCGGGGACUACAACUACUCCGUGUCCUUCAUUUCGGAGCGAUUCUGUGUGAUCUGCGACGGGAUGACCUCGUACCACCUGCUGGACACCGGCGAUCGAUCGCGGCCCGGCCAGCAGGCAUGGGAGCGGAUCACGCGCACGCCAGUGAAUCAUACCAGCGAGUAUCGCGGCUUUGUGCUCUACGACGCCCGGCUGGAUGUGGUGCAGGAGCGCAAGCAAAUCUCUCUGCUGGCCGGACAUGUGGCGCGCCGGGAUAAGAGCUUGGCGAGGGAACGGGUGCAGGUGCAUUACAUGGAUCUGACGUGGGCACGCUGGACGCAAUCGCCGGCCAGUGGCGAGUGGUCAUAUAGCGUCUGCCAGCGACUGGAGACCACUGGCUCGGUGCUCUACUGCGCCUUUGAGCCCCGCGCCGAGUCCCUGAUCAUUGCCAGCAACCGCGAGGUGCAGACACCCGAGCAGCGCCGGGAAUCGGAUGAAGCCGAAGCUGUAGCUCCUACACCAGCAGAUCCACCUGUUCCUCCAGUUGUCCAGGUGCAAAAUGGCGACCAAGCACACUAUCGCUGGACUCAGACCACUGAAAAUGUGCACAUCCGCUUCGAAGUGCCCACAAACGCCUCCAAGGACGACUUCAACGUGAGCUGUACAAGUAACUUUGUCGAGGUGAAACACCUGGACGAGGUGCUCUUUACCGGGCAGUUAUACGCCAGGUUGAACGAGGAUUUCACCACCUGGACCUUGGAGGCGGAAGGUCUGGAAGGCCUGGAGGUGACGCUGUCGAAAGAUGUGCGAGAGCACUGGCCGCGAUUACUUGCACAGGAGGAAGAUGGCGGGGAGGCCGCUGCGCCGCUGCCCAUUCCCAAUCUGGAGGAUCCCAUUGAGGAGUGCGACCUGGGACUGGCCGAUGAGGACGUGAAGAUGGUGCGCUUCAAUCUGCCCAAGGGGCUCACAAUUUUGUGCGUUGUGUUUGUGUUUAAUUUCCAAUUAGCAGGCAACAGCUGCUCCGCUCCCGUUAUGUUUUUCGCACGGCACGCAACCAGUGUGACCGCGCCAGCGUCGCUGAAUAAUACCGUUCGGCGCGAAGGUGGCGUUUCAUCAUUUUUCUUUUCACUCCUAAUAAAUCGAUUUAAGCAGGAUUUUAUCGAUAUUAUUACCUUAUCGAUUUUAUGUUGGCAACUAUCGGCCAUUUUAUUGCCACUUUUUAAAAUAAAUCAGGAUCGGACAUUUGCUACCUAUUUAACAGCAAUCUCGUUUCAAGAAGAACACAACAAUUUCAAGAAUUUCUCAGCCCGAACCCGCUGUUGAUAAUCAAGGCUUCGGAAAAGCUGAUUGAAGUUUCCGUUUGAACGUAAAAAUCUGGGAAAGGCAAGAAGGCUACACAUUUCGUAU